AUGCCAUCUGCGCCCACAAGAACUGAAGCGCCUAAAAACGAUAACUCUAAUCGACCCCCACGUCAAGGAGGUCCUAGAAAGCCCAAGGAAGAGAAGAAAUGGGUCCCUAAAACUAGUGUUGGAAUUCUUGUUCAAAAAGGCAAGAUAACACUUAACGAUAUCUAUGCUAACAGUUUCAAAAUUCAAGAACCAGAGAUAAUCGACUUCUUAGUAGGCAGUAAGCUUAAGAAGGACGUACUUUGUACUAGUUCUAUUCAAAAACAGACCAAAGCCGGACAAAGACUUAGAAUGAAAGCAACUGUUAUUGUUGGUGAUGGAGAGAGGAGUAUUGGUAUUGGUAUUAAGUCAGCUAAGGAAGUCCGAUCGGCUAUUGAGAAGGCGACUGAGGAGGCUAAGUGCAAUAUGCAUCCGAUUGAUUUUGGGUGGUGGGACCGACAGGUAGGAGAAGCCCAUACGGUUAAGGUUAAAGGGUCUGGUAAGUGUGGUAGUGUUAAUAUUACUUUAACUCCUGCUCCUAAAGGUACUGGUAUUAUUGCUGCUAAUUUAUCUAAACGGAUAUUCCAGAUGGCGGGUAUCAAAGAUAUCUUUACUUCUUCAGCUGGUCGGACUUCAGCUAGUGAGAACUUUGCUAAAGCUACUAUUCAGGCCUUACAGAAGUGCAAUGGGUUUUAUACGCCUAGUAAUUGGGCUGAUCCUAAGCCUAUUCCUUCACCUCUUCAGGUUUAUGCUGAUUUGAUUGCUGAUUUCCAUAAGAAGACAUCGAUUGUCGCGCAAUAA